AUGAACCACUCAACAGAUUCCUCCUCCUCCUCCUCCUCCUCCUCCCCCGUGAGAAUACGCAUUGCUGUGAUUGGGGCCGGUCCCUGUGGGAUAACGGCAGCGAAGAAUGUGAUAGAAUCAGGCCUUGAUGAUUUGGUGGUGUUCGAAAAGAGCGAUGCCAUUGGCGGCAAUUGGGUCUAUCGCAGCGAGACGCAACACUCCUCCGUCUACGAGUCUGCCCAUACAAUUAGCUCUCGUUAUCUGUCGGAAUACGAAGAUUUUCCCUUUCCACCGGAUGCUCCCGACUACCUGCCACACAAGUAUCUGUGUCGAUAUUUUGAGCAGUAUGCCGACCGCUUUCACGUGACCGACAAGAUUCGCUUUCAUACAGAAGUGCUACAUGCCGAACCACUGGAUGACGGAUGGAAAAUCCAGAGUCGCAAUACGACAACCAACGAAACCAAAACAGAGCAAUUUGCUGUGCUAAUGGUCGCCAAUGGACAUCACUGGGAUCCUCGCAUGCCCCCCACAUUGACCGGCUUUACAGGAGAACUGCUGCAUUCGCAUUCCUUCAAACACAACCGUCCCUUUCGCGACAAACGCGUACUGGUCAUUGGAGGUGGAAAUUCCGCGUGUGAUGCCGCAGUCGAAUGUAGCCGCGUGGCACAAUCCACCCACUUGAGCAUGAGACGAGGACAUUGGUUCAUUCCCAAAUUCAUUUUUGGCAUUCCGACCGAUGUCUUUCAUGGUGGAACGGUUUGGAUCCCCGUCCCCAGGUUUCUUCGAGAUCUCAUCUCCAAGUUUAUCAUCUAUCUGAUCCAGGGAUCUCAUCGGCGUCUGGGUUUGCAGACACCUUCCUAUGGGGUCCUCGGGGGACACGUCACUAUAAAUUCGGAACUUGCCUAUGCCUUGGGCCAUGGAGCCAUUAUUCCCAAGCCGGGCAUUCAAAGAGUCGACGGAAAGAAUGUCUUCUUUCGCAAUGGGACGUCACAGGAGUUUGACACCAUCAUUUGUGCCACAGGCUACAACAUUAGCUUUCCAUUUUUCGACAAGUCAUUCAUUGAUUGGAAGGAUGCUACAUAUGUUCCUCUGUGGCGACGCAUGUUCCACCCGACACUGCGCAAUCUAUACUUUAUUGGCCUCUUUCAACCCCUGGGGUGCAUCUGGCCAUUGGCCGAUUAUCAAGCCAUGUUGGCUUGCCAAGAAAUCUUGGGUCAUUACCAACGACCCCGCAACAUGGAGGCGGCUAUUGACUGUGAACGUCGCCACCCGCACCAUCGAUUCAUCGAGGCGCCCCGGCAUUCGACCGAAGUAGAUUAUCAUCAAUAUCGAAAGGAGCUACUGUUUGAAGUUGGGAAAUGCGGAAAGAAACCGCAUCGAGCAAAUGCAGCCGCCCCGCUAGUAGAUCGAACGAAACAGUUAGUGUAA